AUGGCAUCUGUUGCUUUGACUUCUCUUACUGCAACUAUGAAGUUGGAGUUUCUGCAACCCAAUAAUCCAAGGGUUUCUCUUGAUGAUGAAGCAUCCAUAUCAAUCAAUUCUUUGUUUGAAAAUCUUUCAUCUUUGCAAGCUUUUGUGCAAGAGAAAUCUGGGGGUGGCCCUGCAACCAGAGAUUUGGAGAUGAAGAUCAGAGACUUUGCACUGGAAGCUGAAGAUCGCAUCGAAAUACAACUCAGCAACUUCCUUCUGGCCAAGAACGCAGAGGACCAACAAAAAGCUUCUCAGAAACUCCACCAGAUCUUGCGAGAAGCGGCAGAAAACGCAAGAGAGUUGCUGAAACUUAGCAGCAGCAUAAGCAAAGAAGCAGUGAAGAAUGAAAGUGAAGGACCACUGAUUCCUUGGAUAAAACAUUCUCCGGGGAUGCUUGAGGGGGGCAGAAUGGUGGGUCGUCAACGUGAUCAUACGCUAAUAGUGGAUAAACUCAUCCCCGAUGAUCACUUUAUAUUGAGUCGUAGGUUCAAAGUAAUCACAAUUCUUGGUAUGACCGGUAUAGGAAAAACAACUUUAGCUACAAGUGUCUAUAAUGAUCCAAAGGUUGUAUCCCGCUUUGAUGUACGAGGUUGGGUUACCAUGUCUUGCGAAUACAACAAGACCCAAAUGCUACACGACCUUCUUUGGACACUAACAAAGGAGCCAAACAUUCCUGAUAAUGAUGGUGUAGCAGCUACGCAGGUAUACAACUUCUUGAGAGGUAAGAGGUUUCUAAUUGUUGUGGAUAACUUAUGCAACACUCAAGCUUGGUAUGAUAUAAGAAGAUGUCUUCCUGAUGAAUAUGGUAAGACACUUGUUGUUUCUAGUAAAGAAUCCCAACUUGGAACACCUACUAUUCAUUUGCCUUCAACAAUUUGGGAGUCACCGCAGUUACGACAUCUUGAACUUGACAAAUCUUAUGUGAUUGAUCCUCCAAACAUGGAUAAAGAUAAUAUGCAAACAUUAUUUUGGGUGUGUCCAACGCAUUGCAGAACAGGAGUACAUUGCAGGUUUCCAAACAUUAAAGAUUUGAAAAUCUUUGUUCCUGGAGGCAAUCCAAUUACUUUGGAUAAUCUUGAAUAUUUGGAACGACUUGAGAUGCUAACAAUUUCAGUUUUGUUAGGCCAAGUUCUAACCCUUCCAAAACCAUUUGUGUUUCCUUUACAACUAAGGAAGUUGAGCUUGAAUGGUAUUAACCUUUCGGAGAGCAAUUUAACGGUAAUGGGCAUGUUACCUUUUCUUGGAGUUCUCAAGUUGAAAAAUGUCUUUUAUGGGAAAGUGUGGGAAGUAGAAGCAAGACGAUUUCCUCAAUUACAAUUCUUGCUUCUUGAAGAUAAAACGCUCAAGCAAUGGAGAGUUGAUAAAUAUUCAUUUCAUUUGAUUGAGCGCUUAGUCCUAAGAUUUUGUUAUUGUUUGAAAAAAAUCCCUCUUUCUAUGGAAAAUACUAUGUUCUUGAAGUCAAUUGAGUUCCAGCAGUGUUGUCCAUCUGUUGUUACUUCUGCAGAGGAUAUCCAACAUAGAAUUUACAGAACCCGAAUUUUUGAGGUUAGAAUUGAUGCUAUUUUUAGGUUAGAAGCUGCGUAG